ACGCCGCGCUAGGUUGCUCUCUGCACUCCUGGCUCCUGCGCCCCGCGCGCGAGUGACUAAGGUCCUCAGGAUGGCUUCGGACUCCGGGAACCGCGGGACCGUGUGCACGCUGGAGUUCGCUGUGCAGAUGACCUGUCAGAGCUGCGUGGACGCGGUGAGCAAGUCCCUGCAAGGGGUGGCAGGUGUCCAGGGCGUGGAGGUGCAGCUGGAGAACCAGAUGGUGUUGGUGCAGACCACUCUGCCCAGCCAGGAAGUGCAGGCGCUCCUGGAAGGCACAGGGAGGCAGGCUGUACUCAAGGGCAUGGGCAGCAGUCAAUUGCAGAAUCUGGGAGCAGCAGUGGCCAUCCUGGGAGGCCCUGGCACUGUGCAGGGGGUGGUCCGGUUCCUACAGCUGACUCCUGAACGCUGCCUGAUUGAAGGAACCAUUGAUGGCCUGGAGCCUGGACUCCACGGACUCCACGUCCAUCAGUACGGGGAUCUCACAAGGGACUGCAACAGCUGUGGGGACCACUUUAACCCUGAUGGAACUUCUCAUGGGGGCCCCCAGGACUCUAACCGGCACCGCGGAGAUCUGGGCAAUGUCCAUGCUGAUGCUGAUGGCCGAGCUAUCUUCCGGAUAGAGGAUGAACAGCUGAAGGUAUGGGAUGUGAUUGGCCGCAGCCUGGUUAUCGAUGAAGGAGAAGAUGACUUGGGCCGGGGCAGCCAUCCAUUAUCCAAAAUCACAGGGAACUCUGGGGAGAGGUUGGCCUGUGGCAUUAUUGCACGCUCUGCUGGGCUUUUCCAGAACCCCAAACAAAUCUGCUCCUGUGAUGGCCUCACAAUCUGGGAGGAACGAGGCCGGCCCAUCGCUGGCAAAGGCCGAAAAGAAUCAGCCCAGCCCCCUGCCCACCUCUGAGCAGGGUAUUACCAACCCCCUCGAUGGUAACAGUCACCUGUGGUCUGCUGUAUGCUUCCAGCUGAACAUCUCCAACCUACAACAGAGUGGGCCUUGCUUCCCCAAGCCUAGGAGGACUGUGUACAGGGAACAUAGGGGUUGCUGUAAUGUGUACUUAACUAAUUAAACCUAUUUUUCAUAUGGCA